UUUAAUCAUAAUCAGAAAUAUUCACCUCAGAAGUAUCAAUGAUCUUAUGAAAUGUUUAGUAGUUUUUACAUAAUUUUGUGUUUUGCAGAUAACAACAUCAGAUCAGUACCUUAGUACACCAGACUCUGCCUGGACAUGCAGAGCAAUUACUGUAAAUUAUGAGCAUUAUUCAUCAAGAAGCAAUAGCAUCACUUAGGCUCUUAAUACAGACUUUGAGGGUUCCUCAAAAACAAUAAUGGCUAGCAGCAAAGUCUUUAAAAGCUUCUAAAGACAGAAAGAAAUGGCUGCAAGGGGCCAAGAAGCCCAAUGAAUGCAGAAUCCAGCAGCUGUACUAAUACCAGAUAUACCAUCUUUCCUGACUCCUAGUGUCUACUGUUGACAUACUUCCUCAGCCCUACAACCAGUUAUAACCACACAGGGUCGACACUUAACACUGUCCUGCCCUGUUUUGAAAGAAAACAUCGGUCUAUCUCUUUAUUAACUGUCUCUGAGAAAUUUCAAUAAAAUAUGAAAACCCUACCUCAAUAAAACAAGAGUUUAUGUGCAAACUAAGCUUAAUUACAGUAUGUUUACAGAAUAUUUGAGAUUUUAAUAUUUUUAACAUCAACAACAACAACAACAACAAUAAUAAUAAUAAUAAUAAUAAUAAUAAUAACAAUGAUAUAAAUCCUGGUACAAUCCCCAGCUAUGGAAGUCCGAAUAAAAUGGAAUCUUCAUAUUUCCUACAGUCCAUUCAAUGCAGCAAUAUUUCACCUCUCACCUUCGCACAGGUCUAAAGCGUUCUCAUUGGUUAAUCCGCCCUGAUGCGACAAGAAAUGCCAUUGUAUGAUUGGUUUUCGUAUCCUGUCAAUCAAAACGGGAACCAGCUAACCAGCUUUCAGCCUCUGCGUUGCUAAGGUAAAGUUAAACAGCCGCGUUAAGUUCACCGCAUUUACUUCUGAAGUCAGGCGAAUGUGCCUUCAAAAUAAAAGUAAUGACAAUUGUCUGAACAUGUUUGAGCGUUUACGCAUGGAGUUGAAUUGCGGAGUGCUGUUUUUCUUCCAGAGUGGAAGUUAGCACCCUGACGCACUGUACCACUUGUAAAGGGUAAGUCAACAAUUUGUAAGACUUUGACCACGGAUGAUCUAAUUGAUACGAUGAUUACCGUGUCUGACGAAUCAGUCAGAGACAAACUUUCCUGUUGAAUACUCAAUCCAUUUGUUUUUCUUACUUAACUAUUUAGUGUCCACUAAACUCGAACAUAAUUCAAGUGGUUAACAAACACACAGUAACAGCCAGAACACCGGUAACUACUGCAGCAACGAGCUGCCAAAAAUCGUGUAUCUUCCGGGCGGAACGCCAGGCGAAGAAUGGUUCCCAUUUACAGAACCCCAGCGUUUACUAACCCAAUGAGAUUGCCGUUCCUAAAUUUAAGCAUUAUUUGUGAGGACUGACCUACGUAUAUACGUAUAAUUUAUGGUGUUAAAGAUGCUUGAAGUUUUACACCUUGCGAAUGUAAAUAGUGUGAGCAAUAUGGUUCCACUUACGUUUUAAAAACCUGGAUAGUCUGUGGGUAGGAUUUUUUUUCUAGCUGUUUAAAAAUCUUAGAAAAAGACUUCUAAUUCAGUCACUGUAGUACUGCAGUUUAACUCACAGUUUGUAUAUUCUUGUAUGUACAUAUCACUAGCAAUUAUAUAUGAUUAUAGACAGCCGUUUCGCUAGACCUUCUGUUUGAAAGCUAUAACAGAUUUAUUGUUAACAAUUGUAUGUUAUUUUGAAAGCUACCAACGGAAAACCUAUUGCUUAUUGUAGCUAGCUUGUUCCUGGCACUGAAAACUGUUGGUGAUGCUGUCAGUUCAUAUGGCUAACGCUACGGUACAGCACCUGGCUAAACAAUAAAGAGAUGUGGCAGCACAAGGACAGUGCUGUUUUUUAUCAGGACAAUUUUCCUCCGAAUGCACAGUCACCAUUUUACGGAAUAUGAAAAUACAUGGAGUCAUUUGAGAGCCAUGCGUUUUCUCCCACAGUUGGCAGGCAGGUAUUUUCCUACAGCCAGGCGUCGCACUGGGAAAGCAUCAUUUUUUUGGCACCACAGCUGGCUGGUGAUUUAGCAUGAAUGCUAGCUUACUAGUGGACAACACGCUUGUUUAUGUUUGUGCGUAGAACAACAUUAACAGAGAGCGUUAAAGGCCUUUGUUUCAAUGUCCUGAAUUCUCAUUACCCGCCUCACGGGGGUUCACACACGUCCUUCCAUAAGUCAGAACUUCCAGACAUAAACUCUGAAGUGACUGUUCUGUGCUAGCUUACAGUUCCUUAAUCGUUGUACAAAGAAUAACGCGGCUACUAGUGACAUUUCUUUUAAAACUCCACAUACAUUCGGCGUUUGACAUAACGUAAUGGUGCGUCUAUUAUCCCGUGUUUUGGUUUGUAGGCGAUUAAAAGAAACUUUACGUAUCUGUCAGGCCAGAUAAGUGAUGUGGACCAGCUCUUCAGACAGAGGACGGACCCAGGACUGUCACACCACACCGGCGACGUGUCAUUGUGGACGGAGCACAGAGUGUUAACCCAGGCAAACCUUCAGACCCGACAGCUCCUCCUCACCAGGGAACAGUAAACCAGCUUUUCUACACACUGCAUCAGAGGACUGCAUCAGGACGUCAAGGCUUGGUGUCCACCCUUCUGACUCCAGCUGUGUGUUGUAAGCGGUCUGCCUGUGAGAAGCUGUUUGGACCAGCAGUGAAUCACUCAUGACAAGGCACUUCUGUGGUCUGCCAUCUCUUCAGCCAAUGGAUGUUUUUAAGUGGACCCAGGCUGAAGUAAUGCACAACCUUGUGUGCAGAAUGUUUUAAAACCCGGGAUUCUAUAGCGUCCCCACAUCAGGGACCCUUAAAUUACUCUUACAGACGUUACUACAGGGGACCUCAUCUGAGCCUCUUGUGGAUUACUGUAUCACAUUAUUUUAUUGUUUUUUCCUCACUCUGUUGGACACAGACCCCCUGGAUACCCCCUCAGGGACCCCCCUGGUGGCCCCUAGGCUCACUUGUUAAAGUUUUCCUCUUAACUUUUUGACCAUGCACUGAAAACUGAACUGGAAGCCUUAGCGUGAGUCAAGUUUACACUGAGUCAGCCAUGCCCAUCAGAAAAAAAGACACAGCUCGAGCCUUGGGGCUGUUGGAAGAGUACUGCACUAAACUGAGGAAGCCAGAGGAGCAGCAGCUCAAAACUGCCAUUCAUAGAGUGAUGGGGAUUUUCAAAAGCAACCUGUUUGAAGCUCUUCUUGAUAUCCAGGAGUUCUACGAAGUGACACUGUUGAACACACAGAAGAGUUGUGAGCAAAAGCUUGAGGAGGUCAACCACAUGGCGGAUAAGUGGGAGAAGAGUGUUUCUAUACAAAACUCUGAGCUUGCACACUCUGCCUGUCCAGUGGAAGAGAGGGAGCAGAGCAGCGCAGAUCCCAGCGGGAUGGAGCGGGUAGAGAGCAGUGCCCUCUGA